ACAUUGUAGCUACCUGAAGCUGUAUAUGUAGGCUCAACUCUCGGCCACGUCGCGUGUUGCUCUUCACGGUUCCAAUCUGAGGGAAGUUUACGCUUCCCAGUAUACGGUUAUUGUCAAUUCAAGCAUCCGGCUUGCUUAGUAGACCUCGCUUCUAGACCCCCGAACCUCCCAUUGCUUCCCCUCUGGUCUCACAUGUGUAUAAGUUCAUAUCCAUGAUCAUCCCCAAUCAGAUCCCGCUGCUCUCGGCCGGCUAUCCUACACCGGAGCCAUGGGUAGUUGGACUGCGUUCUUGUUGACCUACCUUCUCGGUGGUGUCACUUUCGUUCCUCUCGUCAUAGCCGCCAUCUUACUACACGCCCACUUGACCUUCCCAGUCCACGAUGACGCCAGCUCAGCCCGCGCGAGCGAUGCCGACAGCAUAGUCCAGCCCGCCGACGAUACGAGCGAUCUUGAAUCCGCCCAGAAAGAGGAAUCGAGACAGAAGCUCCUCGCCGAUUCCGACGUCGCCGCCGGCUAUUUUGCAGUAUGUCGUGAAUAUACACCCAUGGGCAUCAACGCCAAACCUAUCGAGCGCUCCACCCCCGUUGGAUCCACGACCGUUGCCGCUCCGAGCCCAAGUGUAUACCAGACCAUGUACAGGAGCAUCUUCGAUCGCAAACAGAACCCUAAUCCUUUAGAUGAGAACAAAGGUGCCAGUCAGCGGCCGAAGCGGGCCGGUAACGUGUUCUAUGUGGUCUUGAGGCAUGGCCAUCUCAUGCUUUUCGACGACAUAGAACAGCUUGAAGUACGACACGUCAUUUCCCUAGCCAAUCACAACGUCAGCAUAUAUUCAGGGGGGGACUGCACACCGGAAGGCGAACUAUUCAUCAAGCGAAAUGCAAUCUGUUUAACUAGGAGAGUCAGCGGGAAAGAGCCCAUACCCGAUAUACAAAUUUCGAAGCCGUUUUAUUUGUUUUCAGAAAACUGCUCUGCCAAGGAAGACUUCUACUUCGCUCUACUGAGGAAUCAAGAACAAACAUUUGCUGCUCAGAACAUUGCACCCAAACCCCAACGAUUCAAUGUUACGCACAUUAUAGCGCUUGUUCAGAAACUACAUGCAUCAGAAGAUCUCACACAAACCCGAUGGCUCAAUGCUUUGAUAGGUAGGAUAUUCCUCGGUGUCUACCGAACCAAGGAUAUCGAGGCCUUCAUAACAGAGAAGCUCACGAAAAAGAUAUCCCGCGUGAAACGCCCUUCCUUCCUGACAAGAAUUGCGAUUCAGGGUAUCAAUACUGGUGAUUCGGCUCCAUAUUUCGUGAAUCCUCGCCUCAAAGAUCUCAACGUUGAAGGCGAGCUGCUGAUGGAAGCCGAUCUCAAAUACACUGGUAAUUUUAGGCUUGAGGUAGCAGCAACUGCUCGUAUUGAUCUUGGUCCUCGGUUUAAAACCCGGGAGGUGAAUCUUGUCCUAGCUGUAGUGUUGAGGAAGCUAGAGGGCCAUGUCUUCUUCAAGAUCAAGCCGCCUCCGAGUAACCGGAUCUGGUUCUGUUUCGAGUCAAUGCCGAAAAUGAAGAUGAACAUUGAACCUAUUGUCAGCUCCAAACAAAUUACGUAUACCUUCAUUCUACGACAAAUAGAGAGUCGGAUCAAGGAAGUUGUUGCAGAGACACUAGUCCACCCAUUCUGGGACGACACGCCGUUUUUCUCAACAGAGCAUAAAACGUGGCGUGGUGGUAUAUUCGACGGAGAUGAUGAGGUUGUACACUCACCUGAGCAUGCAGCGAUCGCGGCUCAACUGGGAAAUGUCGACGAAGUUAGUCGGCUUGAGCAGACAGCGCCUGAAACGUCUUCAGAAUUGCCACCAAUGGAGAAGAGUCAUAGUAUGCCUAACGUUGAGAAUAGCCAACCAGCGGGAUUUUGGGCACGAAAACUCAGUAAGGGCGCACAAACCAAUGUUAACCAGCUCAGUUCAGCGUCCUCAACGGCUGUAGACACGAAACACUCAUUAGCCAGUAACCCAGAUGUGCCCCUCCUAAUUAGGUCGGGUUCAUUCUCUACACCCAGUCCUGUUAUUGGUACCGAGGCCACUCAUGCAGAAGUCUUUAAGCCUGCCCCGUCGCCUCGCAGUCAUGACGAUGCUGCCAGCACGAUGGCAAGCAUAUCUGCUCGGUCUCAGGCCCACUCACCAACACAGACCCCGAUCAGCUCACCUUCAAAUUCACUACCAACACUUCUAACUCUUAGUUCUCCAAUAAACUCAUCAGCCGAGACAAUACCCAAAACUGUGCCCGAAGUGGAAGACGUAGAAUACACCCCUAAGGGCCCAGGGAGGCGUCAUACGGCCUCGUCUUCAGAAAGCGUGAUCAGUAAUGACCAGCCACCAGACUCCCCCAGCCGAUCUAGUAGGAACUCGAUCAAAAGUGGGACAGGAUCUAUAUCUAGAGGGUUCUUUGCACGUAAAGAACCCCCAUCCCCUAAAAUUCCAGAUGGUAUUCCAGAGACUAAGAACAAAACCCUUACCGCAAUGUCUAACGCCGCUGCUACGGCAAAGCGCUGGGGCUGGGGUGCCAUACAACGACAGGCCGAGCGGAAUGGAAACGGUAGAAAACUCUCAGAUCCUCCUGUAGACCUCAACCAGCCUAUGGGACGAGGACAACCACUCCCCCCUCCUGGAACUCCACUACCGCGACCCGGAGAGAUAGCAACGCCCGUGACCGCCCCGAAACGAAAGCCUGUAGCAGCGCCACCUCAGCUGACCUCUACGAGCUCCAAAGACCUCAACGAGCAGAAAACAGAGCGUCGACAUGUUCCACCGCCUCCCCUUCCGAGACGCCGGCGAGUAUCUGAAAUUCACGCUGCCCAGAAUACGGAAGAGCACUUACUUGUUGUCGAGGCUCCUGAUGAUUCUGAGCCAAAUUCUCCUUCUCUUGAUGCUGCGCACCACACAGAGUCAUGGGUUGAAGAUGCGGAGGAGAACUCACAAGUCGAGGAGGACAAGCGCGAAUCAGGAGCUCGUGAUUCACUGCCUUUGUCUACUAAUUCAGCCGAGUCGCUUAAUUUAGACCAGCCUCAGCCGUUUAAACCGGGAGAUGCCAAUAUUACAGCACAAGACGAUCAAGAUGAGGAUUACUCAAACUGGAUUGAUAAUCCUGAGUUCAAAGAAGAAGAGGUCGGCCACACCAAAACCAAACAAUGAUAUCACUAAUGUUUUAUAUGCAUAAUUGGAGUUUUUUCAAGCAAGGUGGGUGUCCGCAAGGCUAUCUACCCAUUGACAUGGGCAACUACAAGCUCUUGAAAAGCCCGCUGGCACUGUUAAUUCUAUCAGCGGUUGAUGUAGAUAAAGAAAUCAGGGACGGAUUAGGAGUUCUGGAUCUGGGUUAAGGGUUGGAAAUGGGAUUCUUGUUUUUGUAUACUUUGUGUCUUUGAGCGAAAAUCAUAGAUCCCUGAUUAUUACCAAUUAGGCUCGUAUGUUUAUUUAUUUAGUAUUGUAAACCGAUGAAGCGUGGACUUGGUGGUGCUAGAAGUAGCCGUAUAUAUAUAGGAUCACUUAUGGAAUUGUAUCACGCUGUUUAUGACG